CAGUUUACCCGGCCUCCACAGUCCACUUGAAGCUCUCCCCAGACCAGAUGUGACUCGGGACUCUCUGCCCACUGACAUCUCCUCAGAGAGAGACCCUCACCCAAAACACAGCAGUGUGAUGGAGAGACGGAGGGAGGGACGCAACAAAACCUUCGACUGGGCCGAGUUCAGGGCUCAGAACAAACCCGCCCUGGACCAUCAGAGGACUAAAGCUCUGUGCCCGCUGGAGUUAGGAGAACUGGAGAGGAGGAAGAGGAGGGAGGAGCGGAGGAGGAAGUACGAGAGCAUGCUGGGCUUCCCUCUGGGAUGGGAGGCGAUUGGGGAUAAAACAGCAGAUGGUUCACUGAAUCCGAAAUCACAGCAGAAAUUGGUGGAAGAUAUCGACGAGUGCUGGAAGCAGGUGGAGAAGACGAUGUUCAGAAUGGACAGGAGUAUCCCGCUGUUUCCUGAAACUGAAGAACCUGUGGAGCUGCUGGACAGCUACAGGACGGGGAUGGAGGAUCUGCAGGCCCAGCUGGCAGAGUCCGAGUGUCGCAGACUGGAGAUGGAGGCUCAGCUGACUGCGGCAGGAUGUUAUCAGCAGCAGCUGGACCCUCCUCUAACUCCUGAAUCGGUUUUCUCCCCAUCGGACAUAAAUGUAAAGACACUAAACGGAUACGCACAGACCCUGAAGGAUGUGUGCACAGAAAGCAGAGAACAGCAGAGCAUUGUCAGCAUGCAGGAGCAGCUCAGCUUUGUCCCGCCUUCAUUAAAUCCUCAAGCCCCCAGCAUCUGGCUGCAUGACGCAGAGGGCAACUUCACAGACCUGGGGGAUUUUCUUCCUGAGACAGAGGACACACCUGUUUUACUAUCACCUGCAUCAGAUAGCGAAGACUCAUUUUCUCAGAGUGACGGACAAACAGAUUUAAACGUUGCGACAUUGAACCACCAGAAUCAGCUGGACAGAAGUGAGCAGGCUCCCGGUGCAGAAACACAAAUACAAAACAGUGAAUCAUUGGUUCUGCAGACGCUGGAGGAGGGAGAUGACAAACAUCUGAACGGCUGUGUAGAGCAACACCUACCGUCAGACCCGGAGCUGGUGAGGAGGCUUUCCCAAGAGGUGGAGCUGCUCACCAGCCAGAAGGAGGCUCUGAACCAGCGCAACCAGGAGAUGCUGAACCAGCUGACAGAGGCAGACCGAGAGAUAGAAAGGCUCAAAGUGGAGCUCAGCAGCAGGUACACUGAACCCCAUCACCUCCCUGAAGUAGAGCAGCUGGGACAAACAAGGGUGGACGUUCUGGAGAUGGAGGUCAGCUCAAGAGAGCAGCAGCUCCUGGAGGCGCAGACCUUAAUCGCCUCCCUGGAGGAGAAUCUGAGGGAGACGGAGGCCAUGCUGCAGCUGAAUUCUCCAACAGAGGGAGCUCCACAGGAGAGUAAGGGUUAUCUGCUGAGAUGUUUCGAGGCUACCGAGGCAAAGCUGACGGCGUUGGAGAAGCAGCUCGAGCAAUCAGAAGCAACCUGCAGGGAGCUCCAGAAGCAGAACGCAGAGCAGAAGGGAGCGGAGACAUACUACCGUGAAUCAGCUGCGGAGGCCAAGGCAGAGGUCAGGAGGCUGAGUGAAGAGCUGGAGAAGAAGGAGAGUUCGAAAGAUGGAGAUAAAUGUGUUUCUGGUGAAGAAAGGAUACGGCAAGUGAUAAACGGGAUGGUCGUGAGGUUGAAAGCUUUGUACAAAUUACUGGAGGUGAUCGAGAUGUUGGAUUUUGGUUCGGGAAAGGAGGAAGAGCUUACAGUGGAGAGUCAGUUAAAGUGGGAGGAGCAGUUUUGGAGAUUACUGCACGACAAAGUGAAAGUACACCCCUCGGAGCUCAAAGAGGAGAAACCUGUGGAAGAGCUUCUCAGUGAGGUGACAGAACGUAUGAUGGUGGAGAAACAAAUGCUGCUGUCAGGGCAUUGUCUAUUUUCUGAGACAUGCCCAGAUGAAGGCAGGGAAAGUCUAAAAAAUCUGGAUAUUAAUUGGAAUACUUCAAGUGAGAUGGAAACCGAGAAGACGGAUGAAAGUAGGAUAUUUGAUUGUACUAGCAAGCUGUAUGAGAUGGGACAUUUUAGAAGCGUCACACAGAUGAAAAUACAUUUUCUAAAUCACCUUGCAUCCUCUGUUGGCACCUCAGCACAGGAGAAACUCCAGCUGACGGCUGACCUUCACUUUUCUGAGCAUCCGAUGUCUGGUUUCAUUCAAUCUGCAGCGACUGAAGCGGUGCACUGCUAUCAUUUAGCCAGGCUUCACUCAACAUACGGGAGGCAACUAGAGGAAACCAGACAGAAAUCGCUCACCUGCAGCAACUGUGUCUGCUUAAUGGAAGAAAACAGGGAGCUGAGAGAAAGAUUGUCAAACAUCGAAGCACAACAGUUGUCAACGGGGGACAAGAUAAACACAGGUUGCCAGACAGAAGACGCCAACCAACGAGAAUCAGACAUUGAGCUACAGGAAAGUAUUCCAGAUGAAAGAGGGGAAGAAGAGGAGAUGGUUGAGUGUCCAGAAAUCCCUCUUCCAUGUGCUGAAGGUCAGUUUGGAAUUGAGGAGAGAGCAGAUGAAAAUGCAGAGAGAAAGGAUGCAUCUCAUAAAGAAACGUGUCCUCUAUGCGUGGAUUCAGAGAAAGAGGUUUUACUGCUGAGGAGAAAAGUGGAGGAGCUGGAGGAGCUGCAGGUUGUCAUGGAAGAGGAGAUGAAAGAAGAGCUUCAUGGGAAAAUGAGUUCUGUUCAGACACAACAUGAGAAGGAGUUGGAAAAACUGAAGGCCACAUGUGAGCGCGGCUUCGCCUCCAUGGAGGAGUCUCAGCUGAAGGGGGUGGAGGAGCUGCAGCAUCAACACCAACAGGAAGUGGAGCGCCUCCUGGUGGAGAGAGACAGGCUGCUGGAGGAGGAGAGCGCUGCUACUGCCACUGCAAUUGAGGCUAUCAAGAACGUCUACCAGCUGGAGUUGGAGAGGGAGGUGCAGAGGAGAUGUCGCUCAGAGAACAGCAAAGGAAACACACACCUGGAGGACAUGUGCAGACAACACAGUGAGGAGCUGGCCUCGUACCAGCGGGAGCUGGAGGUUCUGUCCCAGCAGUUCUCUCUGAAAUGCCUGGAGAGCGGCCAUCUUGUGCAGGCCCUGGAUGCUGAGAGGAAGGCCUUGUGUCAGUGCCAGCAGGAAAACCAGGACCUGAGGACCAGGAACCAGGAGUUGAGCGGUCACCUGGCAGCAGAGAUCACCAGACUGUGUUCUCUGGCGAAGCAGGACGCUCUGCCGCUCAGUCAGGGGAUGGACCUGUACGAAAUGGAGAUAACCCUUCGGGUGAAGGAGUCUGAGGCUCAGUGUCUGAAGCAGGAGAUCACAUCUCUGAGGGAUGACCUCCAAUCAGCACAAAAGGCCAAGAGGAACGCUACCAAGAAGUACAAAGACAUGUACACGGAGCUGAGCAUCACGUGGGGCAAAACAGAGAGAGAGAUGGACGAGCUGAGAGAAAACCUGAGACUCGCUCAUCACGCUCUGGACCAAACUUCUCCCUAAAACCAUCUGUUUUUAAAAUCGAAACAUAACAUUAGUCUUCACUGUAACAUGUGGUUUUCUUCCUGUAUUUUCACCCACAACAAAUGUAUUUAAAACAAACAAGUUAUUGUUUAAUACAUCCAAUAACUUUCAUCCACAAUCUUACUUAACACACCUUUUUAUUUUUUGUUUUUAAAGAUGUUUACAUUGUGUCCCUACUUUGUAUUAUGUCUGAGCAAUUAUUAACCUUUUUCACACUGAGUUUGUCAUUUAAAGUCAUUUCUGCUGCAAUGGUCCUGUGAAAUGUCAUUUUAAUAUUUCCCAAAUAAUAUUAUUAAAAAAGUGUUAAUUUAUGUGUAUAUUUUAUGUGUACAGCCAUAUAGUUUUUGUAACACUUUGAUCUGAAAUAUGUAUACUCUUAACCACUGCUGUCUGCCCUCAUUUAUUAUCAAUUAAAUUGAACUAAAUCUAAAGAUGUGUUGCCGGUACACUGCAAUAAUAAACAGAUGUUUUAUUAAUAAAUCACAUUUGCAGAAUUGAA